AUGGACCACUUUCUGCUGCUCCUGCUGACCGCGCUGUGCGCGCUGCUGCUGCUGCUGGGCCUCUGGCUCUUGCUGGGCGCCGACAGCGACCUGACCCUGCGGUGGGUCGAGUGGUGGGGCCGCCGCCCAGAAGAGGAGCUGCCCGGCAUGGUGGUGUGGGUGACUGGGGCCUCAAGUGGAAUUGGUGAAGAGCUGGCUUACCAGCUGAGCAAGCUAGGAGUUUCUCUCGUGCUGUCUGCCAGAAGAGAGAACGAGCUGGAGAGAGUGAAAAGAAGAUGCCUGGUCAUGAUCACCCAGGGCUCCUCCAUAGAGAUGAUAGGCAGAGAUAACAGUCCAGGAUUCUUUAGUAGCCUCCGUAUUGAACUUCGUGAAUAUCCUGAUAUCAUCAUUUCUAAUAUCUACCCUGGACCUGUAGAAUCAAAUGCUGUAAAGAAUGCACUAACCCGGGAUAGCACACAGACUUUCGGGCAUGAUACUGAGCUGUUCUCUAAGAUGGCAACAAGCCGUUGUGUGCAGCUGAUGCUAAUUUCCGUGGCCAAUAAUUUGAAAGAAGUAUGGAUCAUGGAAAGAUGGUUUUUGAUUGUGACAUAUCUGUGGCAAUAUAUGCCAGACUUCAGCUGCUGGAUAUUAAGGGUGCUAAUAAAACAAACAAAACAAAAACUUCAAGACAGUACGUGUGACCUACUCAAGGUUCGUACCUGUUGUCACAAAUGGCAGGAUUCCUUUCCUACGGCUGAAGCGUACUCCAUUGAACCUGAAGAGGCCACAUUUCUUUACCCAUCCUUCAACUGUCUCUGUAUCUGGGCUCUUGUGAAGAACAGUGAAAUCCACAUAGGAGUGAAGAUACCUGUUCAAGAGACUGAGUUUAUUUCCUCUGGAAAAUACUCUGCUCUGGUCUAG